AUGUCUUUCCUCACCCGCCUUGCUCCUGCUGCUCGUACAGCUUCGCUGUUACUCAGGCCCACCACCACUCCAGCCCUCUCCGUGGGAGCCGCCCGCUCAAUCUCCGCCAGUGCUCGCCGGGAGAAGGGACCCAUUGAUGCCACCAAGGACACCCUGAAGAAGGCCGACCGCACAGUAUCGGACGCCGCUGUGAAGGGCAUUGAGGUUGGUGAAAACGCCGCCGAGAAACUCAAGGACACCGUUGGCAAGACCACCACCGAUGCCAAGGCCAAGUCUCAGGAACUAUCUGGAGAUGCAUCAGAAGUGGCAGGCAAGGGCAAGGGCAAGGCCGAAGAAGCGCUAGGCGAGGCCAAGGGCAAGGCCUCGGAAGUGGCUGGUGAAGCCAAGGGCAAGGCCAAGCAAGCUGCUGGACGGCUCUAG